ACGAGUUAGUUAGACCUGUGAUUUUGCUUCAAUGUGCGAAAGAAGCAAGACAUCAUACCUUCUAUUCUCAGCUGGCUCUACCUCCUUUUACCCCAACUUUGUUUUACUCUCAUGUUCUCACAAAGUGUAUCACCGUUGUGCCAUUUGACCACCGCCUGCCAAAGUCCUACUGUCCACUCCACGGUCCAAAUGUUCGGCGCUUUUUGUGAGUUUAGUUGCAGCGAGUUUCUCGAUCUUGACUUAUGGAGAUCGGCGGCCAAUGUUGGCCUACAGUGGCCUAUUUCUGAUUCAUAUUCUUUUUCCAAAGUUGGGCUAUCGGAGGAUGUGUGAACGUUAGCAUGUGAAGCGAUCUGCAUUGGCAACAGUUACUUUCCAAAUCAAAUUUAAGUGAUCGAUGAUCUCCUCGCUCAGUAGAUGCUUCUCUAGUAUAUGAAAAAAUUGGUUUCAACAAAUUAAAAGGGCGAGGAUAUCAUUCAUCUUCCAACGUCAAGUGCUGAAAGGAAAGACGGAGGAGGACAGAACUGGUCUAUCUAUUUCCCAGUAAAGGUCGAUCAAAAGAGACGUUCUGACUUGUAACACAGUAUGAAGUUUCUUUGCAUAGUGGUCUUUUGAUGGUCUACAUUUUCUAUGACAGGAGUAUUGUUGAUGUCUAUUACUACCAUUGGUAUGUUGUGGAAACUGAAUUUGAAAAGAAAAGCCGUCCUUCCCUGUUACUGCAC